GCCAACAGAGCCACAUUCAGAGUUCAUCAUUUGCAACGAGAACAGCUCAAACAUGAAGCUGCUCAUAGUCCUGUCAGUUAUUGCGUGUGGAUAUGCCGACAAGUUGGAUAGGACAUAUCUUCCACCAAAAAGCGCUGCAACGGCUGGUGGUAGUCCAGGCGCAUUAACAGCACCGGGAUUCCAAUCAGGAACUGAUUUUGGACAAGGCCUCCCAUCGGGUUCAGGACGUCAACCUGGAGCUGCAGGAUUUGAUCAGUCUAGCUCCUCUGGAUUCGGUCAAGGACCCUCAGGAAGUCCACGGCCCUCAAGUGCAAAUGGAUUCGGUUUAUCGGACAGUGCUCAAAGCAAUAAUGGAUUUGGCCCUUCCAAAUUAGGUGGAACUUCACGUGGUAGCUCGUAUGAUUCAGCAUUUGAAUCUCGUGUCCCUUCCACUUCCACUUUUGCUUCAUCUCAAAUCGGAGCCAAUGACGCUGGUUUUGGUCAAUCAAAUGCUUUCAACCAAGGUCUUGGCUCAGGACCAUCAGGCCCAAAUGUGGCUCAAGUGUCUACACCGGAACGUGCACAAGCAUCAGCUGACAGAAAUGCUGAAAUCCUGAAAUACAUUAAUGAAAAUAAUGGUGAAUCUUAUAGAUACAGCUACGAAACAUCCAACGGGAUAUCUGCUGAAGAGUCUGGUGAAGCUACAAAUGGUGUUAGAGCACAAGGAGGAUAUUCUUAUACAGGUGACGAUGGGAAAUCGUAUUCUGUGACCUAUACUGCUGAUGAAAACGGAUAUCAACCACAGGGUGAACAUUUACCCACACCUCAUCCCAUCCCCGAGGAAAUAUUAAGGUCUAUUGAAGAAAACGCAAGAGCAGCAGCUGCUGGUACACAAGAAGGUGCGUACCGACCCGAAGAAUAUGAAUCUGAACCACAAUCACCACAACAAUAUAACACCGGUAGCACAUUUAAUCAAGGUCAGAAUUUUGGUUCCGCUCAAGGUUUCCAAUCAGCUCAAGGGCAAGCCGGAAGCCAACCACAAAUCAAUAAAUUCGCAACGAACCAAGGUGUUUCUGGGCGUCCAAGUGGUCCGUCAGGUCAGUAUGGUGAAGUGAAUCAAGGUUUAACCACAGGUGUAAGCCAAGCGAACCAAGGACAAGGACAAGAGGUCAACGGUUUUAAAUCCCAGAAUGGUUUUGGAUCGUCUGGACAAGGCUCAAUAAGUCAGUACCGUCCUCAAAUAAAUAAACCGACUAGCUACUCAGCUGGAUCAACUUCUACAGGAUCUGGAUCAAAUACCAACGCAGGUGCUUUCGGUUUCGGUAAUAAAGAUAAUCAAUUCGGUCAGGCUAAUACACCUUCGUCAGGAAAUCAAUUUAGCUCUGGUAGUACUUCCAACCAAGGUCAAGUUUAUCAACCUUCAUUGGGAUCUCAAGGGUCAUCAUUUGGAUCUCAACAAGGUUCUCAAUAUAAACCUGAAAACCAACCAAUCGGAUCUGCAGGUUCUUCUGGACAAGGUACACGUUACCAAUCUAACGAGAAUGUAUUUAAUGCUGGCCAAUCUUCCACUGGCCAAAACACUCAAUAUGGGCCAUCUGCUGGUUCAAAUACUGCCUCAGGUCAGAGCACCUCAUACAAUGGAAACCAAAACUCUCAAUCGUCAAGCCCAGUUGGACGUGGUCCUCAAUAUCAACAAAAUGGAAACCAGGCUGGAUCGAAUGUUGGUACAAGCCAGGGUACGCAGGCACAAUUCGCAUCAGCUAAUAAAUUUGCAUCUGGUGCUUCAGGCUCAGCUGGUUCAGCUGGCUCAGCAAUUCAGGCACCUUACCAGUAUAACCGACCUGGUCAGAGCUUCGAGACAAAACCACAAGGUCCUUUCAAUAACGCUGGGUCUAAGGGCACCAAUGGAAGAGCGAAUCAAGAUAAUCAGAGAGGUAUUGAUCAAUUUGGUGGACCUCGUCAACCCCCAAGUUUCAGUCCACAGGAAGGUUAUAAAUAUUAGAGUAAAGUGAUAGUAUAUUCUAGACAUACCC